AUGAUUGCGAGCCAAUCGGAGAAUGAGCUGAUAAUUGUGUCAAUACUCGAAACGCUCUAUGAUUCACUGCAUAAUUUGUUACGAGGACUAGUGGAUAAGCAGUCUGCACUAGAAAACCUUGAUCUAGUGUUGCUCGUGAUAGACGAGCUCAUCGACGGGGGUCUCAUAUUGGAAACAGAUCCAAACACGAUUUCGAGCCGUGUAGCGAUGUCAGAAGAUUGUAUAGAGCAUUCGUUGACAGAGCAAACGAUUUCACAGGCUCUAGCUUCGGCCCGUGAGCAACUGUCUCGAAAUUUACUCCGAUAA